AGCCCCGUCAGCCAACCACGCGUCCCUCAACGAGCUUGCUCAUCACCGGAAUUUAUUCCUGCCCCUGUGCUAUAAAUCUGGACCCGACAGGAGUGCAAAUUACACUGGGGUCCCGGUGGUUAUCAGUUGUUGAAAGAAAAGUGCAUCCAGUUUCUGUUUCGGCCGGUUUAGACUCUAAAGGAGAGACAGAGAAAUUAGCUGAUUGGGAGAUAAUAUAUAGAAUCAUGUCUUCGGAGCAAGGCAGAGCUGAGCUGGACAGGAAGGCUAGGGAAGGAGAGGUUGUAGUCCCCGGUGGUACCGGAGGCAAAAGUCUAGAGGCUCAAGAGCACCUUGCAGAAGGGAGGAGCCGAGGAGGACAAGCGAGGAGGGAGCAGUUAGGGACAGAAGGGUACCAGGAGAUGGGGAAGAAGGGUGGGCUGAGCGCCACUGACAAGUCCGGGGGAGAGCGUGCGGCGGAAGGAGGAACCCCCAUUGACGAGUCCAAGUUCAGAACCACCGGAUGAGGAUUGAUAUAUCAUAUAUCCAUCCAUCAGUAUUCAGUAGUGGUGGUGCUUUUGAGUCUCUGAUGACUUUGUAGUAACAUAGCACGGGUAUAUAUAUGUGUGUGUGUGUGUGUGUGUGCAUGUAAAAUACUAAUAGUUAGAGGUCUGACAGACUAAGCUGGCUUAUAAGCUUAUACUAGUACUGCUUUAAUAGGAAGGAAUGGUUUUGGUUUAAGUUAAAUCUUAGGUUUGAAAUCCAUCUUCGGAUGUGUUGUUGCAUGGACAUGCAGUUGCCUAUGUAAGUCUUACUUUUCUCGUCGUCAAUAAUCAUAUAUAUUUCCUAGUUCAUCA